GUGAACGGGUGGUGCUGGUGGUCCUGGGGAACGGAGAGCGAGUGGGAGAUGGAACCCACUGUCCACCCAAACCGGGAGAGGAGCCCUCCAAAGUCCCCAUCUACCGAAAGAGCAAGAGCCUGCAGGAGCCCCGCUCUGAGCGCCAGCCCGGCUUCCGCCGGCAGACAUCCCUGUCCCAGAGCAUCCGCAAGGGCACGGCGCAAUGGUUCGGCAUCAGCAGCGACUGGGAGGGGAAGCGGCAGCAGUGGCAACGCAAGAGCUUGCAGCACUGCAGCAUGAGGUAUGGGAAGCUGAAGCCUGCCUAUCGCGACAUGGAGCUGCCCAGCCAGGAGGUGCCCUCCUUCCAGGGCACCGAGUCACCCAAGACCGCCAAGAUGCCCAAGAUCGUGGACCCAAUGGCCAAAGGGAAAAACCGCCAUCCCGACGAGACCGACCGGCCCCACACGCCCCAUCACGUCCUGCCCCCGCUCACCCCUGGCGUUGUCUCCUUGGCGUCCUUCAACAGCGUCCGCUCUGGCCAUGGCCGCCUGCCACGCAGAAAGAGGGAGUCUGUCGCCCACAUGAGCUUCAAGGCGGCUGCAGCGCUCCUCCGUGGACGCUCUGUCCUGGAGCCACUGGCUCCCAAGCAGAGGAGCAACAAGAGGAGCUUCAUGUACCCCAGCUUCAUGGACGAGGACAUGGCAGACGCUGCUGACACCCUCGACUCAUCCUUCUUCAGUAAGAUGGACAUGCACGAUGAGACGUACUCCAUGCCCGAUGAUGUCUUCGAGUCGCCGCCUCUAUCGGCCACAUAUUUACGCAUGCACCCGGUGGGGGAGGAUGCCAGGGUGUCCCCCGAGGUGGAGCAGCCCACCCCGCGGGAGGGGGUCCGGCUCGCUUCGUCCGGUGCCGGCCUGGCUCCCCAGCGAGGCAGGCGCAUCGCUUCCAAAGUGAAACACUUCGCCUUCGACCGCAAGAAACGCUACUACGGGCUGGGGGUGGUGGGGAAGUGUCUGAACAGGACGUACCGCCGCAGCCUGAGCAGCAUCGUGCAGUCACAGCUGGAGAUCACCGACAGCCACCGGCCAUAUUUCACGUACUGGAUCACCUUUGUCCACGUCCUCAUCACCUUGCUGGUCAUCGGCACCUACGGCAUCGCCCCCAUCGGCUUCACCCAGCACGUGACGACAGAGUUAGUGCUGCGGAACAAGGGCGUCUAUGAGAGUGUCAAGUACAUCCAGCAGGAAAACUUCUGGAUCGGUCCCAGCUCGAUCGACCUGAUCCACCUGGGAGCCAAGUUCUCCCCCUGCAUCCGGAAGGAUCAGCAGGUGGAGCGGCUCAUCCAGCGCGAGCGGGACCGGGAGCGCGACUCCGGCUGCUGCGUCCAGAAUGACAACUCGGGCUGCAUCCAGACCCUGCCGCAGGACUGCUCGGAGACGCUGGCGACCUUCAUCAAGUGGCCGAGCACCAAAGCGCCGGCCAUGGGCUCAGGUGGGAAGCGGACAUCAGGGGCUGUGUGUCACCAGGACCCCAGGACGUGUGAGGAGCCGGCGUCCAACCCACCCCACGUGUGGCCAGACGACAUCACCAAGUGGCCGAUCUGCACCUACGAGACCAAAACCAACCACAGCGGCUUCGCCCACAUGGACUGCCAGAUCAAGGGCAGGCCCUGCUGCAUCGGCACCAAGGGCAGCUGCGAGAUCACGACGCGGGAAUACUGCGAGUUCAUGCACGGCUACUUCCAUGAGGAGGCAACGCUCUGCUCGCAGGUGCACUGCCUGGACGAGGUCUGUGGCCUCCUGCCCUUCCUCAACCCAGAUGUCCCUGACCAGUUCUACCGCCUGUGGCUGUCCCUGUUCCUGCACGCUGGCAUCAUCCACUGCCUGGUGUCGGUGACCUUCCAGAUGACGGUGCUGAGGGACCUGGAGAAGCUGGCGGGCUGGCAUCGCAUCUCCAUCAUUUUCAUCCUCAGUGGCAUCACGGGCAAUCUCGGGAUCCCACUGUGACUUCCCCCAUCUCCACAGGUGGGCCCUGCCGGGUCCCAGUUCGGCUUGCUGGCCUGCCUCUUUGUGGAGCUCUUCCAGAGCUGGCAAGCACUGGAGAAGCCCUGGAAAGCCUUCCUCAACCUCUUCGGCAUCGUCCUCUUCCUCUUCAUCUGUGGCCUCUUGCCGUGGAUCGAUAACAUCGCUCACCUCUUCGGCUUCCUCAGCGGCCUCCUCCUCUCCUUCGCCUUCCUGCCCUACAUCACCUUUGGCACGGUGGACAAGUACCGCAAGCGAGCCAUGAUCAUUGUCUCCUUGCUGGUCUUCGUGGGGCUCUUCGCCUCGCUGGUGGUCUGGCUCUACGUCUACCCCGUGAACUGGCGCUGGGUGGAAUAUCUCACCUGUCUGCCCUUCACCAGCAAGUUCUGUGAGAAGUACGAGCUGGAGCAGGUCCUGCACUGA